AAUGGCGACCUCCAUACUACGGAGGUUGCAUGAUUUUAUAACACUGCGCAAGCUCUCCGUCGGGAUGUACAGACAACAGUAUGCAACUUAUUUCUUGCAAAGACACAUUGUGCCCCCAGCCCGUACAUCUGUCAGAUUCUGUUCCAAUACUCCAUCUGGUGAAUCAGGAUCACGGCAAUCAUCGGCUCAAUCUCUAUCAGACAGAGUUGUGGAGGAGUUGUAUAUACCUCGAGAGAAAGCUGAUUUCCUGCUGAAGGAUGAUGCCAUCUUGCGUGAUAUACAGAAUCAGACUGCUACUGAAAUCAAAGUGAAGUCAGAUGCGCAAAAUGAGCCAAUCUUGCUAGUAGUAACUGCCACUAGGCAGGAGAAUCUCAGUGAAGUUGAGAAUAAGAUAGCAGCCAUAUUGAAGAGAUCUAAAGUGAAAAAAACUGAAAGAAGAUCAAAAGGCAAGGGUACUGAUAACAUUAGCAGAACUCGUCAAAAUCUCGCUCAGAUUCAUAAAGAAACUAACCAGAGGGUAACACAUACGAAAGUCAAAAACAAACAAUUUUUAAGUAGGAAAACAAAGAGAUUUGAAUUAACAACUCAAGAUUCACAAGGUCAAAAUAUUUUUAUUGGUUUUGCUGACGUAAAACGUCUGAUGGAAGAACUACAGACGUUAAACCCAGCUUUGACAGUGUACUACCAACAACAUAAGGCCAUUCUGCUGCAUUACCCAGGUGGGACUGAAGGCAGCACAUUAGAGGAAGCUGCACGUUUAAUUAACAAAGAAAUCGACAAAGCUACAUGUAAGAAUGUUCCAGACAUUUUUGUGAACGACAUUGAAGACUUUCAAAGACGCAAGCAUCAGGUUUUUCAUUUAAAAACCCAAAAUAAAAAAUCGUGGAGUCUUCUACUAGGCAGGAUUGGUAUCCACUUCAAUCAAGUCGCAAAAUAUGUUAAGAAGAUUGACCCUUCCCUGUAUCUUCGUAUAAUCAAAAAACGUGGUUCACCGUAUGAUGGCAUUAUCCUUUGGUCAAAUGGAGAUAUUGAUGAUGAAAUAUUUGAACGAGCUGUGUCAGUUAUUAACAAAAAUAUAGACUGGCUUGAGAAUUUGUCAGAUCUGGUUGUGAAGGAUAUUAAUGACAUAAAAAGUGGCAGACACCAAGUUUUUCAUUUUGAAACCAAAAAUGAACGUGCAUGGAGCGUUCUUCAGGACGCAAAUGGUUACAAUUUCAAAGGAGUCGUUCAACGUAUAAAAAAGAUUGACCCUUCCCUGCAUCUUAAAAUAAUAUAUGAUUCACCAUAUAGAGGCAUUGUUCUGUGGUCAGAUGAGGAUAUUGAUGAUGAAAAAUUUGAAAAAGCUGUAUCAGUUGUUAGGCAUGAAAUUGAUGCAAUUGAUGUAAUAGUCUCAAAAGGAGAAGCAGGCAAUAAAAGUGUCAAAGUGAUGAGAUUUGAAUUUAAAAAUCGAAAUCCUCUAGCAACAAGUUUUUUCGUGGGGAAGGAUGGUAAUCAUCUAAAAGAUCUGCGUAGAAACCUCAGGAGGUUGAGCCCAACGCUGAAAUUCAGUAUACAUUUAAAGGAUUUGUUUAUGGUAUAUCCAGAUGACCUGGAUGAAUACACGUUAAACAGAGCUGCAAACUGUGUUGACAAAGAAAUUUGCAGGGUUGAUAAAUUUCUGGACAUGUUUGUGUCAGAUAUCCAAGAUAUACAAAGAAGUCAGCACCGGGUAUUUCAUUUUGAAACUGAUGAUCAAGAACCAUGGGCUAUCCUGCUUGCCAAGCAUGGUAUUAAUUUCGAUCGAGUCACUCAACGUAUUAAGAAGGUUGAUUCUUUUUUACGUGUACACGUCAUCAGAGAUGGUAAUUAUUCACAUAAAGGCAUUGUUUUGUGGUCUACGGAGCAAACUGGUAUUGAUGAUGAAAAAUUUGAAGAGGCGGCCUCAAUCAUUAAGGAAGAGAUUAACCUGAUUGAGAAUAUUAUAUCUGGUGGUCAAGGCAAUCAGAGUUGGAAAUUGGUGGAAUUUGAAAUAAAAAGUCACCAUCUCCAGUCACUGUAUCGUUUAAUUGGCGAUAAUGUUAGUUGGAUUAGCCCACUUUUGGAAAACUUAGACAAGUUAUAUCCAUCGCUGAAAUUGAUUGCCACACGUAACACCAUUUUCCUUGUGUGUCCAGAUAAUGUGGGCGAUGACGUAAUAAAGGAGGCCACAUCUCUAAUUAAUCAUGAAAGGGAAAAGGUUGAGAAGUUCUUUGACAUGUUCAUAUCAGACAUCGAAGACCUGGAAAGUGGCAAACAUCGAGUUUUUAAUUUUGAAUCUGGAAGUAUACAGACAUGGGAAAUCCUGCUUGGCUUUAGCGGUAGCAACUUCGACAAAGUUGCUCAACAAGUGAAGGAGAUUGAUUCUUCCUUGCAUUUGAAAAUAUUCACGCCAGAGGAUUAUACUUAUGAAGGCGUUAUUCUGUGGUCAACUGAAAAUAUUGAUGAUGAAAAAAUUGAAGAAGCUGCGUCAAUAGUUAAUGGACAUAUUCGGGACAUUAAGAAAAGUGUAAAGACGCAAAGGCGUUAAAUUUACAAUUCUCCUUUUCUUCAAGACAUAUAAAGUACAUGUAUUGUGUAAAGUAUUUUGGGAGUUACUUAUAUGUUUUACCCAGAAAAAAACCCUGAAUUAAGAUAUUUUACCAUCAUUAUGAACGCUAUUUUUAUUAGUUGGAAUUGUUGACUCACAUUCUAUAGACCGUAAGUACAAUUAAAUGGAUGUGUUCUUUUACUGAUGUACUGUUGAUAUAAGAUUUUACUCUACUGUACUGGUAUGUCUCUUGAUAAGUUGUUUAACAUUUUGUUAAAAAGAUGAAUUAUAAUGUUUUGAAUAAUGCUAUAUGAUUGUAAAAAUAUGAUGCAUCAAUAUAUUUGAAGCAUUUUCCAUGUUUUGCAAUUUUAUCAAUUGAAUUAAAUUGCAUACAAAACUGUGAAGGCUUAUGGUUUCUGUAAA